UUAGAUUUGAUGGCGUAACUUCCAUGCUCUACCAUUCGAGAGGACUUGGGCAGGGAUUUAGUGGCAAUUACGAUGAAUAUUUUGGGUUGAACGUGGAUAUAGAAGGUGUUGUUUAUUUGAUGUUGGCUAACUAUAUGUUACAUAAGUGUUAUCCUGAACUCAUCACGAUUGCUGAAGAUGUCAGUGGCAUGCCAGGGUUAUGCAGACCCAUUAAUGAGGGAGGUCUUGGAUUUGAUUAUCGCUUAGGUAUGGCUAUACCAGAUAAGUGGAUUAAGCUUCUUAAAGAAGUGAGGGAUGAGGAUUGGAAUAUAGGAGAGAUUGUUUGGACACUAUGUAAUCGAAGGUGGAUGGAAAAAACUGUUGCAUAUUCAGAAUCUCAUGAUCAAGCUCUUGUUGGUGAUAAGACAAUAGCAUUCUGGUUAAUGGACAAGGAUAUGUACACUUUUAUGAGUACGUUUAGUCCAUCGAAUCCAGUAAUUGACAGAGGCAUUGCUUUACAUAAUAUGUUAACUCUUAUAACGCACUCACUGGGAGGUGAAGGUUAUCUUAAUUUUAUGGGAAAUGAGUUUGGACAUCCAGAAUGGCUAGAUUUUCCUCGAGUUGGCAAUAAAGAUAGCUUCAGUUAUGCAAGGCGUCAAUGGAAUUUAGUCGAUGACUCACUGUUAAAGUACAAAUUCAUGAAUAAUUGGGAUAGAGCAGUCAAUUUACUUGAAGAACAGCAUAAAUGGUUGAGCUCUGAUCAUGCUUAUGUAUCUUGGAAGCAUGAAGAUGAUAAGAUAAUUGUAUUCGAAAGAGCUGCAUUAGUAUUCGUUUUUAAUUUUCAUCCAGUAAAAUCGUUUGCUGAUUAUCCUGUAGGUCUGAACACAUUCGGGACCUAUAGAGUUGUAUUAAAUAGCGAUGAUACUCAAUUUGGAGGGUUUAACCGUAUUGAUACCAGUAUCCACCAUCAUGCUGAAAAUAAAAUUUUUUGUAAUAGAUUAUACAGAAUGCUGAUUUAUAUACCAUCUCGCACUGCAGCAGUUUAUGCUAUGGAUAAUUCAAGCAACUGAGAUAGUCAUUAAAUGAUACUUUAUGU